AUGGUUGUUUUGAAGCAAAAUCUGUUAUAUUUCCUCAAAACCCUAUCACCUCCCUCGCUCAAUUUUCAUCCAAAACCCUCGUCAACUCCUCCUACUCUUUACCGGUUUAUCCCCUGCCUCCGAUCUCACAAAUCCGCUUCGAAAUCCGGCUGUUCUACCGUAGUACCAAUGUCAUCGUCGGCGACGAUAAAGUUGCCGGCGCCGCCGCUUAUAGAAGAUGGCCAAGGUAGCAGAUUCUGGAUCAAGUUCAGAAAGGAGUGGACACAAGCUCUGUAUACCCCAUUUAUGGUCUGUUUGGCUGCCGGAAAUCUGAAACUCGACUCAUUUCGCCAUUAUAUCGCGCAGGAUGUUCAUUUCCUUCGGGCCUUUGCGAAAGCGUAUGAAAUGGCUGAGGAAUUUGCUGAUGACGAUGAUGCAAAAGUUGGAAUUUAUGAACUGAGGAAAAGUGUUCUUGAAGAGCUGAAAAUGCAUGAUUCAUUUGUGCAAGAGUGGGGUUUUGAGUUGCCUAAAGAAAAUACUCCAAAUGCUGCAACAGUUAAGUAUACUGAUUUUUUACUGGCGACAGCAUCAGGAAAGGUUGAAGGAGUAAAAGCUCUGGGUAAACUAGAUACUCCAUUUGAAAAAACAAAAUUGGCAGCAUAUACUCUUGGUGCUCUGACACCUUGUAUGAGGCUUUAUGCCUUCUUGGGGAAGGAGUUGCAGGCGUUUCUUGACCCUGUUGCAGGCAUUCAUCCAUAUAAAAAAUGGAUCGAAAAUUAUUCAUCUGAUUUUUUUCAGGCAUCAGCUUUGCGAACGGAGGAUCUGCUGGACAAGUUGAGUGUUUCUUUAACUGGAGAGGAACUUGAUGUUAUUGAAAAGCUCUAUAAUCAAGCUAUGAAACUGGAAAUUAAUCUUUUCCUUGCCCAGCCACUUGCUCAGAAAACCGUUGUUCCUCUAUGCAAAGAGCACAAUCCAGGGGAACAUUGUCUCAUGUUGUUUUCUGAUUUUGAUUUGACAUGCACUGUUGUGGAUUCAUCUGCUAUCCUGGCCGAAAUAGCAAUUCUAACAGCCCCAAAAUCUGAUCAAAGUCAAUCAGCAAAUCAACUUGUUCAAAAGUCGUCCAUUGAUCUAAGAAGCACAUGGGCAGAACUUUCUAAGCAGUAUACUGAAGAGUAUGAGCAGUGCAUAGAAAGUGUCUUGCUUCCCAGAGAAGGAGUAAAUUUUGAUUAUGAAGGGCUCCGUGGAGCACUUCAGCAACUUUCGGAUUUUGAGAAGAAGGCAAAUUUGAGGGUGAUUGAUUCUGGAGUACUGAAGGGUCUGAAUCUUGAUGAUAUAAAGCGAGCUGGAGAGCGCCUCAUUCUCCAAGAUGGCUGUAAAGAUUUCUUCUCGAGUGCUGUUGGGAAUGAAAACUUGAACACAAACAUCCAUGUCCUAUCCUAUUGUUGGUGUGGUGAUCUCAUCAGAUCUGCCUUUUCCUCAGGUGGUUUAGACACUGUGAACGUUCAUGCGAAUGAGUUCGUCUAUGAAAACUCUCUAUCCACGGGCGAAAUUGUGAAGAAGGUCGAGUCUCCAAUCGACAAAGUUGAAGCUUUUGCUGACAUCUUAAACAAGACGGGCAAGGAUUGGAAGAUUCUGAGCUUAUAUAUUGGCGAUUCAGUCGGUGACUUACUAUGCUUGCUUGAGGCCGACAUUGGUAUCGUGAUAGGCUCGAGCUCGAGUCUCAGAAGAGUGGGAAGUCAUUUUGGCGUUUCUUUUGUUCCUCUGUUCCCAGGUUUGAUUGAGAAACAGAAACAAUUCACUGAUGAGGGUAGUGUUUCUAGUUGGAAGGGUCGCUCGGGAGUCUUAUAUACAGUCUCUUGCUGGGCUGAGAUUCGUGCUUUUAUUCUCGGGUCAUAG